UUGGGUGAAAUCUCAAGGUCAUUUUCCUCGGCUGUUUCCAAGCCCUCAAACUUCAUGACCCCUCCCAGCAGACAGAAAAUGGAAAAUUCAGCCAACCUGGGAAUGACUUCUUUGCCUUAUAGGUGUGAAUACCGGUAUAUAAAGAUCCGGAGGGAACGGGACGAGGCAGAAAUGAGAAUGAAAGGGCUCCUCAGGCCAGGUCCCUGUCUGAUGGCUUUUAUGAAAAACUCUCUGCUCCCCAUUCUGGGGAUCUUCUUGGCCUACUACUAUUCUACAUAUGAGGAAUUCAGACCAGAGAUGCUCCGAGGAAAGAAAGUGAUUGUCACCGGGGCCAGCAAGGGCAUCGGAAAAGAGAUGGCCUAUCAUCUGGCGAAGAUGGGAGCCCAUGUGAUGGUGACAGCGAGGUCAGAAGAAACUCUAAAAAAGGUGGUGUCCCACUGCCAGGAGCUUGGCGCAGCCUCUGCACACUACAUGGCUGGCAGCAUGGACGACAUGACUUUCGCAGAGCAAUUUGUUGCCGAAGCUGGAAAGCUCAUGGGAGGACUAGACAUGCUCAUUCUCAACCACAUCACCAGCGUGACUAUGGUACCAUUCAAUGGUGAUGUCCACUUACUGCGCAAAAGCAUGGAGGUGAACUUCCUGAGUUACGUGGUCCUGAGUACGGCUGCCUUGCCCAUGCUGAAGCAGAGCAACGGAAGCAUUGUUGUUGUCUCCUCAGUGGCUGGGAAAAUAGCUAAUCCACUUGUUGCUUCCUAUGCUGCAAGCAAAUUUGCCCUGGAUGGGUUUUUCUCCUCCAUCAGAAUGGAAUAUUCAGUGACCAAAGUCAAUGUGUCGAUUACUCUCUGUAUCCUCGGCCUCAUAAACACAGACACAGCCAUAAAUGCAAUUUCUGGGAUACUCGACACAGAAGCAUCUCCAAAGGAAGAAUGUGCCCUGGAGAUUAUCAAAGGGGGAGCUCUGCGUCAAGAGGAAGUGUAUUAUGUCAAUUCAGUAUGGACUACUCUCCUACUGAAAACUCCAGUGAGAAAGAUCCUAGAAUUUCUCUCCCUAAGAAAUUAUAAUAUGGACAAAUUUAUAAAAAAUUAGGAACUUUCUUAGGGCUGGGCAUGAUAAAGGAGCUUGGGACUGUUCUGCCUGAUAUUUAUCUAAGCUCCAUCCAUGAAGGUAUCUCCCCAGAGAGUUAAAUGAGUCUCCCCAGAGAGUUGCAAGUCACGCCUCACAUCUCAACAAUUUGAAGGAGCUCCUCUAACACUUGCACAGUGGACAUGUCAUUAUCAUAAAUGUCAUGAACCUACAGUUGUGAAGUUGAUAGUAAUCAUAGGUAUAAUUACAACGUAGUUAUAUCAAAUUUACCUCAUAUAUAAUAAUGUUAUGAUGCUUAAUACAAUAUUAAUUAUAAUAAAGGUCAUAUAAACUAUAAA